AUGAAUUGGGUUGGCGGCAGUCGGAGCAGAAUCAUACUAAAGCGGGAAAGGAGAAAGCAAAAGGAAUUCUUUGAAAAGAAGAAACUUAAAUCAAAAAUGAAGCUUCUGGGAGUAUCAUCUCCUAAAAGUUCAGCAGUCAGUUUAGAUCUUCUCAAUCUGUAUGUUGUUAACCAGAUAUCAACCAAAAAAGACCACACUGAGAACAUCAGGAAACCAGUCCACAUUGAUAUCACUGAGGAUGUAAAAAUACCUCUUAAAAGGCACAACAUAGAGCUUCCCAUGUCACCACUAAGAACACAGCAUAUGCCAAACUUAGAUGACAUCCAGAACAGGUUACAACAGCAAGUAUUGGACAGCAGAAGGCAGCAUCUCUCAGAGAAAGUAAAAUACCAGCAUCAUUUGUCCCAAGUAACAGAAUUAAGGUAUGCUGAGUCUAGUAUGGAACAUGAAGACAACAUGGCAAGACAGUUUAAUGCCUGCCCGUUGUCCCCUUCUGUUUUUUGGUCCUCUAACUCUACACAGUUUUCUGAAGAAAAUUUCAACACAAACCCAAUGGGCAACACUUGGGAGCAGACCUAUGAAAAGAAGCUGCAAAACCAGCGAGGAAAUAGUUCUGAUCAAGACCCUUGGACCACAAAACCUCCAAGCCAAUAUAUGUUCAGGAAGUCUGACACUGUGCCUCAGGAACUGUUUAAACCAUUGCAUAGGCUAGACUAUAUGAAUUCUGCCAGGAAAAAUCCAGUGAUAAUGCCAAGUAAUGAAUCAGAAACCAGUGAAGGAAUAAAAGAACUGUUGUUUGAUGCUGUGAAAGAAAGUGCAGAACUGAAAGCUCCCCAAGAUGGAAGUGAUUGUUCCUUUCUGGCCGUGUUUGAAGACGAGAGCCAACCAAUCCAUAAUAUUCCUUCCACAAAGCAUUUGAAUCUUUUUGUUAACCAAAGCAAUAGGGCCAUUUUUUCCACUGAUCCUGAUGAUAGAAAUAAAAUGACCAACAGAAAUUAUUGUUAUGUUACCAGAGAGGCCUAUUGUGCAAUGAAUGCAAAGAACAGUUCUGAAGACAGACAUCUUGAAGGCAUUUUCACAGCUCCAGAACAGCUGUUGUUUAAAAGUAACAGUGUCUCAAGUGCAAGCUACAAGAAAAACAGUGGACUUCAUAAAACUCACCUGCAGGACUGUUAUGAGGGACAGCAGUGCUUCAUACCUUCUGAAACCGAAGAAAAACCUGCAAACCUUGAAAAAAUAGAGACAUAUGCUUAUCACUGUGAUCAGCAGAUCAACCUGAAUGAGAAUGUACAGAACUAUUCCAGAAAACAAAGUGAUGAUGAGUCUGUGAAAGAAUCAGCCUGGAGACAGAGACAGCUCUUUGGAUUCAAAGAGUUCACAACAGCACGAGAGAAGGAGUAUAAGUCUGGAACGAGUUCAAAUCUUCAACAGAUGCAGAAAGAUGUGGAGUCACCACCCAGCAGCCAGUCCCCCAGUUACUCUCCAAGGCAGACAGAGAGCUGUUUCAGCUCCAGUCCUGACACAUCUGAAGAGGAAGACACAGCCAAAAAGAAGGCCUAUCUGAAUGAACAGUCCUUGAAGAUAGAUGAUGACAACCUGGUCUCAGCCUCAGCAAGUGCAGAGCCCCCCAUGGUUUCUCACACCAGAACGGUACCUCUCCAGGCCAGCAAUAUUUUGUCUAGAGAAGAAGCAACUCACCUUCAGGAGAAAGGCUCUGUUUUGUGUACCAUGAAGGAGGAAAAUGAAAACCACAGUGCCCCAUCUGAAGGCAGCUCAUCUCGCCGACCCUGGAAAAGAGAGCCUGUCACUGGCAGUACCAGGUGUGAUUCGUGGUCGCAGACUGAGAGCUCUGUUACAGAAGCAGAGAAAGUGGAUGUUGCCACCCAGUGUGACAGCCUGCAGGUGUGCAGCUGUGGGAGCUCCCUCCCCUUUGCCCGCAGCCCGGAGGGGGCCCCUCCUCACGGCACAGCGAGCACCGCUGGGGGGCACAAAACACCAGCGCCUGAGGAGCUGCAGCCCGCGGGCACGGGCAGCACAGCAGGAGGACCUGCAUUUACUCCUGAAGCUGAAUAUAUGUGUUUACCUAGCAGAAAGACUCUAGAGGUGCUGAGCUACAUUGAUAUGAUGAAGGAGAGAGAUAAGCAGUGA